CCCACUUGCCAAGGAUGUAGGAGUCAACAAGAUGCUGCAUACGUUGGCUGCAAAGGCACUCAUCCAAGUGUUUGAGGAUAUGCCAAAGACACCAGAAACGAAGGCCCAGAUCGAGAGAUUGGGAAAGAGGUACUCGCUGGCGAGCUCUGUAACCUCUUUCCUGGCGAUUGAUGAAGAGGAUCGUACAGAAAAACAGGCGACUGUUGAGAAGGAGCAAGAAUCAAUUCCCUCACCUUCGGAACCAAUGGGUUCAUUCAAGAGGAAGAAGGGCGUACAUCUUAUGGCGGCCCCUGUUAAGUCAGCCCCUAUGUCGGCCCCUUUGGCCGCCCCUGGGGGUGCUCCUAUGAUGCCCCCUCCGCGUAUGUCCAAUUUGUUCGGGUCGGCUCCUUCAUCAGUACCAAAGCCCGCAUCGUAUUCGGUCUCCAAAGGGGCUACGUACGGGGCCCCACCACCACCCAUGAUGUACCAACAAAGCCAAAUGCAGCAGCAAGCAGCAAAAGAUAUGUCAAGAUCAAGGCCAUUAGCAGCCCAACCUACCGGCUAUGCUGGAGGACCACCCGGACUCAGUGGACCACCACCCAUGCCAUCUCUUGGUCCAUCACCUUCCAGCUAUCCCAGUGCCCAACCUGCCGUACCAACAUCGCUGAGUGUUGAAUCUCUAGCUCGAGCCCAAAAGUUUGACGGAAGCUUCCCUACCGACUCGCAAUACUUUAACCUGGUCACUUCAGGAGGUAAAGCCGGUCUUCCAAGCGCUUUGAGCAGUCUGGGUGGUGCAGACGAGACCAAAAAGUCAGUCUGGGCAACACUUUUGACGAUUGCUUGUAUGGAGAAGCGUCUUGCUGGUGAGAAGGACGUCUGGGAGUUCUUAGCUGACAAGGCAAGGGACUAUGUUUCCGCGACGUUGCAAGAUCUUUGCAAGGAUGCUGCUAAAGCUGAAGAUUUGAUGAAGGAGUUGACCGCUGCGGCCAGUGCAGCAGUCUAA